AUGGCAUCCUCUUGGCUUCCAUCUCCUUUGAAAAGUCGAAGAGAAAGAAGAGCCGACCCUGAAAGGACCGUCGACGAACUGGUGCACAAAUACUACAGGACUAAUCAACCAAGCACCAAUGAUAUUCUCCGUGAAAUUCUCGGGAGCCCGGAACAGGCAUCGCUUCUCUUCAGCGCGCUUCGACGCCAGGUCUCUCUGAUUAAAUGCCGCUCACAGUCUUUCGAGGACGGCCAGAUAACCACCUACGACCGGGCCCUACUGGAGCUCAGCAGAAAUGGGGAGAAUUUGACUGAAACCGGUGCACUUGAGCUUUAUCUAACUGAAUUUCUCGGGAUUGUCCCUAUCUCGCCCACCUCUCAGAGUAGAGCUAUUCUAGCUAAACAGCUCGAGCUGGAAAGCGUACUAAACAGAGCUUCCGCCCUUGGUACCACGCCGGAGACAGUUAUCGAUCGUAAGGAGCAGCCUGAGACGUUGCUUGUUGACCAGGCGCCUGUCAAACCUGAAUAUGAAUACGGAGAUCAAGACGAUCAUUAUUGCGUGGAACAGACCGGUUUGAAGAUCAGUUCAACUGGACACGCACAGCAAGUUUUCGACCGCAUGGAUAGGCUUUUGGAAGUUUACCACCGCGCCAAGGAUGAGUACUACAAAGCUUUGCAAACAGAGGGGUUUGUUAGCCUCGACACAGUUCGUUUUCUUCGAGACACGGCAGAAAAUGUUCUUCGUUAUCUUCACGCAAACGGACUGUCAGACCAUACUUCUGUACCGGAUGUGGAGCAGGUCUUCCUGAUUGCCAGGGAUAAAGCGACACAGCUUACGGGUGGUCGAAAGAGGCAUUUCGAUGAAGGUAUCGAGAGAUAUAGUCGUAGGAGGAAGCGGCGGGCCCUCGACUCAUACCGCCCUAGGAAAUGA